AUGAUACUGAUAAGACUUUUUGAUACUACAAUUGCAAGACAUUAUGUCCAUAUCAAAGACUUGCAUGAGCUUAGUCCUCUUAAUAAUACUGGUAGCUUCUUUGUUCUUCGGUUCCGACACCUUGAUUUCAGAUUUCAUAGUUUGAUACUACAAUUGCAAGACAUUAUGUCCAUAUCAAAGACAUGCAUGAGCUUAGUUCUCUUAAUAAUACUGGUAGCUUCUUUGUUCUUCGGUUUCGACGCCUUGCCUUCAGCAAACAGUCCACAUUUCAGCAAAAGGGUUUGUGGUUCUCAAUGUACAUCAAAUUACGGACCCCAAAAAUGUUACCAGGAUUGUGUGAAUCCACCAAAAGGGUUUCUCCGAUACACUUUUGGUGACUGUAUUUAUUCUGGUUUUGCUACACCGACUUGUUGUUGCUUCAUUUGA